UUCAUCCAGCUCAAAGCUGCUCUCUGGCUUCCUGGUGCUCAGUUUUUCCUUCAUUCUGCUAACAUGACGGCGCCUCUCGCGCCGGACGCAAGGCCUCGGCGUCCCAGAAGGAAGAUCUACACUCUCUGGUGGUACUUCCUGAGCAUCUGCGCAGAGGCCCUUCUGUACCUGCUGUCUACUGUAUCUGAUGCUUGUGAACUACCACCACCAUUUGAAGCUAUGAAACUCAAGGGUAUAUCUAAACCCUAUUAUGACAUUGGAGAGACAAUAGAAUAUAAGUGUAAAAAAGGAUACCUAUAUCUGCCUCCAUUCCUCAUGGUUACUACCUGUGAACCAAAUCAUACAUGGGUCCCUAUUUCAGAUGAAGGUUGUAUUAAAGUGGAAUGUACUAAACUAGAGAACCCAUCAUUUGGCAACAUACACUACAUAGAUGGCAGAAUUUCAUGGGGUUCUCGAGCUCAAUUUACUUGUAUGGAGGGUCAUUACUUAGUUGGUAUGUCAGUUCUACACUGUGUGCUUAAAAGUGAUGAUCAUGCAUAUUGGAAUGGUCCUUCCCCACAUUGUGAAAAGGUUUAUUGUUCACCACCUCCAAAAAUAAAAAAUGGAGCACACACCUUUGGUGAUAUAGAUGUAUUCAAGUACCGUGAAUCAGUAAUUUACAGUUGUGAUCCUAACCUGGGGCCAGAUAAAUUUUCCCUUGUUGGAAUGAGCAUGCUAUUCUGUUCUGGCCAUAACACCUGGAGUAGCAAGCCUCCAGAGUGUAAAGUGGUAAAAUGUCCAUUUCCAGUACUACAAAAUGGAAGACAGAUAUCAGGAUUUGGAGAAAAUUUUUCCUAUCAAGCAACAGUGAUGUUUGAGUGUGUGGAGGGUUUUUACAUGAAGGGCACUGACACAGUGGUCUGCAGUGCUAAUAGCACUUGGGACCCCCCCAUCCCAGUAUGUCUUAAAGGUUCUAUGCCUACUCAUCCUACCAAGUCUCCAGUUAACAAUUACCCAGGAUAUCCUAAUCCUCGUGAAGGAAUAUUUGGCAAAGAAUUAGAUGCAUGGAUUAUUGCUCUGAUUAUUAUUACUUCAAUUGUUGGAUUUGUUGUAAUUUGUCUCAUUAUACUCCGAUAUCUUGAGUACAGGAAUAAAGGCCCCUCCAGCUCACCAAGGGUUCUCAACAUCCAAACCUGAGUGCCUGUGUCCUGAGCAGUGACAUAUCUGCAGGAAGAAGGCCACAUUUCCAAGAUGACACCAGACCUUCUACAAUUCUCUUAUCCUUAUACCUCAAACUUUCAUGCACAUAAUGGCUGUGCAUUAAACACGUCUGUGUCUUUCA